AAAAGGAAUUGUCGUCAAGAUUUUUCAGAUCCAGCUCACGAUCUGUCCUCUGUUCAAUAAUUAAGUAGCACUGUGCUUUCACUGUCUCUCUCUCUCUCCGUUUCUUUCUGGCUUUCUGUUUCUUCUUCACUGCGGCACUGCCAUGGUGUUUCUCUUCCUUAUUUUCUCUCCAAGAUCGGUUUUUUAAUCAUAAAAGAGCGAUCUUUUGCAUUUUAAGUUUUUUUGGGUACUGGGCGUGAAUGAUCUUUCGCCAUUGUUGGUUGAUUUGAAGCUCGAGAAGGUCAAAAAGUCAAAAAGGAGUGGUUUUUUUUGUAGACGUUGUGUUCGGUGGAGGAGGAGCAAUGGCGGACGAGAGGCCGCCUUUCCUCACCGACGAGCUGUCGAAGCGCACCGUCAUCUUCGGGCUCCACAUGUGGGUCAUUAUCGGCAUUGGCAUUGGUGCCGCCUUCGUCUUCCUCCUCUUCUUCCUCUCCCUCUGGCUCGCCUCUCGGCGCAGCAGCGCCGCGGCGGCGCCCGGCCACCGCCGCCUCAAGGCGGCGCACCGCUCCGCCUCUGCCUCCUCCUCCAGCGUCUCCAAGGAAAUCCAAGAAAUUCGCGUCGACCCCAAACCGCCUCCGCCCCAGGACUCCGACAACCCGGCAGCGCCGCUCGAGCGGCAGUCCCUGCUCCCGCCGGAGGCAGCCGCGCAACAGAAGAUCCACAUUGAGCUCGGGAAGGACCACCGAAUCGCCUACCCGGAGCGCCACCUCGGCGGCGGCGGCGGCGGCGGAUCCUCCCACUGCAGCGGCGAGAGCCGGUCGGCGGAGCAGGCAGCCAUGCCGGCCCCCGAGGUAUCGCACUUGGGCUGGGGGCACUGGUACACUCUCAAGGAGCUCCAGGCGGCCACCGACAUGUUCGCCGACGAGAAUGUGAUCGGAGAAGGCGGUUACGGCAUCGUCUACCACGGCAUCUUGGAAGAUCAAACUCAGGUUGCCGUCAAGAACUUGCUUAACAACAGGGGUCAAGCCGAGAGGGAGUUCGAGGUGGAAGUAGAUGCAAUUGGGCGUGUUCGCCACAAGAAUUUGGUGAGACUUUUAGGUUAUUGCGCCGAAGGUGCUCAUAGAAUGCUUGUCUAUGAGUAUGUCGACAAUGGGAACUUGGAGCGGUGGCUUCACGGGAACAUUGAACCUUCUAGCCCCCUCACUUGGGCAAUACGAAUGAACAUUGUACUCAGAACCGCGAAAGGGAUAAUGUACUUGCACGAGGGACUCGAACCGAAGGUAGUCCACAGGGACAUCAAAUCAAGCAACAUUUUGCUCGAUAAGCAGUGGAAUCCUAAAGUUUCAGAUUUUGGACUCGCCAAGCUCUUGGGGUCAGAGCGGAGUUACGUGACGACACGAGUCAUGGGAACAUUUGGAUACGUGGCUCCCGAAUACGCUAGCACUGGUAUGCUGAAUGAAAGAAGUGAUGUUUAUAGUUUUGGAAUUCUUAUCAUGGAGAUUAUUUCUGGGCGAAAUCCGGUUGACUACAACCGAGCACCGGGAGAGGUUAACCUGGUUGAAUGGAUUAAGACGAUGGUCACCAAUCGAAAGACUGAAGAGGUAUUGGACCCCAAGUUACCGGAGAAACCUUCAUCAAGGGCCUUAAAGAAAACUCUUUUAGUAGCACUCCGAUGUGUGGAUCCUGAUGCGCAAAAGAGGCCGAAGAUUGGGCAUGUGAUACACAUGCUCGAAGUCGAUGAUUUCCCCUAUAGAGAUGAUCGCCAAGCCGGGAGAACUUACCCGCAAGAUAAAGCUCGAUUGUUAGACAGGGCAAUGGCUGAAUCCGGUGAUAGCAGCGGCUAUGAGAGCAAUGCAAGUAUCACGAGGAGUAAUAGAUAUCGAGAAAAGGCAAGAAAUCUAGCAUCUACUCCAAAUCUAUAGUAGAUGGAGAUCUUCAUUCAGAGCUUGUAUCAAAGUCAUGUAUAAUAUCUUUUCGAUGGAUUGCUAGUUAUGCUGUGUUCCCCGUAUUAAAUUUUGUAGUGAAUCUUUUCGUCAUAUUUUUUCGCCCUGCAAUUCGUCAUGUAUAUAAUUCUAGAAAAGUCAGGUUAUCCAUAUUA